AUGAACAGACAAAUCUGCAGGAAAUCCUUCAGUGGCAGGAGCCAGGGCUUCUCUGGCCGCUCUGCUGUGGUCUCCGGCAGCAGCAAGAUGAGCUCUGUAGUCCGCUCUGGGGGAGCCGGCAGAGGGGCCUAUGGGUUCCGGAGCGGAGCAGGAGGCUUUGGCAGUCGCAGCCUCUACAACCUGGGUGGCAACAAGAGCAUCUCCAUCAGCGUGGCUGGUGGCUCCCGGGCUGGUGGCUUUUGGGGAGGGCAUAGCAGCUGUGGCAGUGGCUUGGGGGGCGGCUAUGGAGGUGGCUUUGGUGGUAGUUUUGGUGGUGGCAGAGGAACAGGAGGUGGCUUUGGAGGGGCUGGUGGCUUUGGAGGGGCUGGUGGCUUUGGUGGAGCUGGUGGCUUUGGUGGGCUUGGUGGGCACAGUGGCUUUGGUGGGCCUGGUGGAUUUGGUCCUGGUGGCUUUCCGCGGGGAAUCCAGGAAGUGACUGUCAAUCAGAGCCUCCUGCAGCCCCUCAACAUGGAGAUAGACCCCCAGAUUGGGCAAGUAAAAGCCCAGGAACGGGAACAGAUCAAGACCCUCAACAAUAAGUUCGCCUCCUUCAUCAACAAGGUGCGGUUCCUGGAGCAGCAGAACAAGGUCCUGGAGACCAAGUGGAAUCUGCUCCAGCAGCAGACCACGGGCCCCGGCUCGGGGCCCCAAAACCUGGAGGCUUUCUUUGAAUCCUACAUCAGCUUUCUGCGCAGACAGUUGGAUUUGGUUUUGAGCGAGAGAGGGAGCCUAGAAGGAGAGCUGAAGAACUUGCAGGAUCUGGUGGAAGACUUCAAAAAGAAGUAUGAAGAUGAGAUCACCAAACGCACUGUGGUGGAGAAUGAGUUUGUGGGGCUCAAGAAGGUAAUGGACGCGGCCUACAUGAGCAAGGUGGAGCUGCAGGCCAAGGUGGACGGCCUGACAGAUGAACUCAACUUCCUGAGGAUCCUCUACGAGAUGGAGCUGUCCCAGAUGCAGAGUCAUGUCAGUGACACGUCUGUGGUCCUGUCCAUGGACAACAACCGCUUCCUGGACCUGGACAGCAUCAUCGCUGAGGUCAAGGACCAAUAUGAGGAGAUCGCUCAAUAGAGCAAGGCUGAGGCUGAGGCACUGUACCAGACCAAUCUGGGAGAGCUGCAGACCACAGCGGGCAGGCACGGGGACGACUUGAAGAGCACCAAGAGUGAGAUCUCGGAGCUCAACAGGGUGAUCCAGAGGCUGCGGGCCGAGAUCGAGAGCGUCAAGAAACAGAAUGCCAACCUUCAGGUGGCCAUCGCGGAAGCUGAGCAGCGUGGGGAAACGGCCCUCAAGGAUGCCAAUGCCAAGCUCCAAGGCUUGCAGGAUGCCCUACAGAAGGCCAAGGAUGACCUAGCCCUGCUGCUGCGCGACUACCAGGAGUUGAUGAAUGUCAAGCUGGCCUUGGACGUGGAGAUCGCUACCUACAGGAAGCUGCUGGAGGGCGAGGAGUACAGGAUGUCUGGAGAGUGCCAGAGUGCUGUGAGCAUUUCAGUGGUCAGCAACGUCACCAGCACAAGUGGCAGCGCUGGUGGAAGCCGUGGAGGGUUUGGAGGGGCCAGUGGCAGCAGCGGUGGCUACAGAGGCAGCAGCAGCAGAGGCAGCAGUGCUGGCUAUGGAGGAAUCAGUGGUGGCAGGAGCAGCGGCUAUGGAGGGGUCAGCAGUGGCAGCAGUGGCUACGGUGGGGUCACUGGUGGCAGCAGUGGGGGCAGGGGCAGCAGCGGAAGCUACCAGAGCAGCAGCAGUGGGAGCAGGCUCAGCAGCGGAGGCAGCAGCUCGGGGAGCCAGAGCGGAAUCGGCUCCAGCUCUGGCGGCACCCAGACCUCCGGAGGCAGUGGCUACAGGUCUGGCAGUGGAGGCAGCACCAGUGUCUGCUUCUCCCAGACCACCAGCUCAAGCCAGCACAGCUCCAAGUGA